GCGUCCAACAAGUCAAAUAAACCACCCUAAAUCUGUUUUCGCUAAUGUAACUCCCAGAAAUCCAUUGGUUAACAUAGUUUACACACGUUUAUACGAGGAUUUGUUUGUAUAGCCCCAGACAUUUUUUUAACUACAACUCCCAGAAUUCCAGUGUUCAGCUACGUGUUACUUACGCGACAACGUCAGAACUCCGACGCUGCGCUUAAACCGGAGGCGCUAUGUUGUUUUGAAUUCUUUGUGCUGAAGUGAUUAAACUAUAUUGUAGAAUAUAUCUUAAAUAACACGUUUAUUUUAAUGUAGAAACAUAUUAUUCCAAUUCCUAGGGUAGUGCUGCAUUGAUUUGGAGUGGCUGUGUAGUUGUUAUGAGCUUGUUUAGCUUGUUUAUGAGAUGUUUAUGCCCAGAUCUCUGAAGCUGAAGAGAAGCUCAGACAGUCAGAGUCAGAGCUCGGAGCUGAAGAAAAUCAGAGCGAGCUCGGGUGAUACUGCUUCCACCUCUUCUUCUUCUGUUCCAGGUUUGUCCAAAGAAGAAAUACGAUCUCCAGUGAUAGCAGACAGUGGGCAUGGCCGUCCCAGUAAAGGUACAGAGGUGUCACAAACCGAGCAGAAGAAUUUGCCACGAAAUAUUGAGGGAAUUGAGGUAGAUGAGGAACCAGAAGAGGAACCUGUAAAGUCCUUGAAGAAGAACCAGAAGUCAGAUUUGUCAAGAGAAGAAAUAAGCUCUCCUGAAACAGCAGACAGUGGACAUGGUCACCCCAGUAAUGCUACAGAGGUGUCACAAUCCGAGCAGAAGGAUUUUCCAGAAAAAAGUGAGGAAAUGAAGGUAGAGGAGGAGGAGGAACCAGAGGAGGAACAAGAAGAAGAACCUGUUAAGUCCUUUAAGAAGAGUCAGCGCUGGCCUGAGCCUGGGGAACCUGUAUGUGUAAUGUGUGGUCGUUAUGGGGAGUACAUUUGUGACAGCACAGACAAUGACGUUUGCAGUCUGGAGUGCAAGGCCAGUCAUUUGGCCAAAAUGUGCAAAGGCCUUGGUGAAAAGGUCUUCUCUAAAACCAAGCAAGAGGGCACAAGCCUCUUUUCUCCAACAACAGACACUGAACAAACUGGAAGCCAUGAGCUUGGCUACUUCUACAGGGAAGACUCCUUUAUAGCAGAACUAACUGAAGAACAGGUCGAGAGAGUGAAGAAGGAACUGGCAAUCAAUACAAAUGGCCAGGAGGUCAGCAGGCCUAUCAUUGAAUUUGAGCACUGCCAUUUUCCAGAGGCUCUCAGCACAAACCUGAAGAAGGCUGGCUAUGAGGCACCCACUCCUGUCCAGAUGCAGAUGCUUCCUGUAGGUUUAGCUGGGAGAGAUGUGAUCACCACAGCUGACACUGGCUCUGGGAAGACAAUUGCCUUCCUUCUUCCAGUGGUUCUUCAUUCAUUGCAGACUGGAGCAGAUAAAUCAUGUGGUCCUGCAAGUAUAAUUCUGACUCCAACUAGAGAGCUGGCAAUACAGAUUGAGAGACAAGCAAAAGAGCUGAUUAUGGGGCUUCCUAACAUGAGAACUGCUCUGCUCGUAGGAGGGAUGCCUUUACCCCCUCAGCUCCAUAGACUCAAGCAGCACAUCAAGAUUGUAAUUGCAACUCCAGGCCGUAUCAUUGAGAUUCUGAAACAGAAUGCUGUUCGACUGGAUGACGUGAAGACUGUUGUUGUUGAUGAGGUAGACACCAUGUUGAAGAUGGGAUUCCAGCAACAGGUACUUGAGAUCUUGGAGCAAGUCCCUGAUGAUCAUCAGACUUUGUUAACUUCAGCCACAAUCCCUGUCGGGACAGACCAGCUAGCAUCUCGUCUGACACAGGACCCAGUGCGCAUCUCUAUUGGUCAGAAGAACCAACCAUGUGCUAAUGUUCGCCAAAUCGUUGUCUGGGUAGAAGAGCCAUCAAAGAAAAAGAAACUUUUUGAGAUUCUAAAUGACCAAAAACUCUACCAGCCACCAGUCGUAGUGUUUGUGGAUUGCAAACUCGGAGCAGACCUUUUAUGUGAAGCAGUGCAGAAGGUUAUGGGCUUAAACGCAGUCGCUAUUCACUCUGACAAGAAACAGUGGGAGCGCAAUAGAAUUCUAAAGGGUCUGCUUGAGGGUCAGUUUGAAGUUGUGGUCAGUACAGGUGUGCUGGGCAGAGGUCUGGACCUGGUCAAUGUCAAGCUGGUGGUGAAUUUUGACAUGCCAGCUAACAUGGAUGAGUAUGUUCAUCAGAUUGGCAGAGCAGGAAGACUGGGGCACAGAGGAACAGCCAUUACUUUCAUGAACAACAACAAUAAACGCUUGUUUCUGGACAUAGUGAACCGAGUAAAACCCACAGGCUCACAGCUUCCCCCACAACUCCUCAACUCCCCACAUCUACACGAGCAGCAGAGGAGGGCCAGACAAAGGAGUAAUCAUGGACAAGAUGAUGUUGUGACCAAAAAUAACCUUCUUGACAUUAUUAGAAGGCAUGACAGAAGCUGUGCUAAGAAGUGACAUGGACUCUAAAGACACAUUUGAUACAGUUAUCAUUAAAACCAUCUGCCUAAAAUUGUAUAGGUCAACAUGGUACCACCAAAGCAGCUCUGACCUGAUGAGGCAUGGCUUUCACAAGACAACUGAAGACUACGGAUUCUUUUUUAUAUAUCUUGCGUAAGUCAUUAGGUGAGACUUCCGUGAAGUGAACCAUCAGUGAGCCUUGGGUUCACCCAUUUUUCAUCCCUGGAUGUAAAUACUUUUGUAGGUAGUGACCAAACUUGUUGAUCAGAAUGAUUAUGAAAUGCCUGUAAAUGUACUCAGUGUUAUGACUGAUCAGGGUAGGUUAACUGUUUUUUUAUUGUUUUAUCUUUAUUUUCAAUUAAUAAAUAGAUGUUACAACUGA